AAUGACCAGACUUUGCUUUGAUGCUUGCAGGAAUGGAGGAAAUCACAAUGAGGCCUGUUGAAGACACAGGGAACGUUCUGAAGCAAGGAUAUCUGGAGAAGAGGUCCAGAGACCACAGCUUUUUCGGGUCGGAGUGGCAGAAGAGGUGGUGUGUCCUCCACAGAAAGACCUUUUACUACUAUGCCAAUGAGAAAAGCAAGCAACCUAAAGGCACCUUCUCCAUUGAGCAUUAUAGUGCCCGGCUGGCUUUCCAUCUCCGCAAAGAUUCACGCAGAAGAUGCUGUUUUGAAUUAGUCUGCCCUGGGAAACGCACCUAUGAGUUCACAGCCCCAAGUCCAGCAGAGGCUGAAGAUUGGGUGGAUCAGAUCCAGUUCCUCCUGAAGGAUCUGAGUUCCCUCACUAUCCCAUACGAUGAGGAGGAGGAAGAGCUCUACAACGACAUGGGGAGUUCUGACUCCACGACCACAACAUCUCACAACACUACCCUGAAUCAAGAUGAUGGGAUGGAAGAAGAUGACAUCUAUGAGGUUUUUCCAGAGAAGGACACCAAUGUUCCUGAGGACAGCGAGGACGACGGCAGCGGGCAGCACCGCGGAAGCUCCCGAAGGGAUUAUGCCAAUUACUACCAGGGCGUGUGGGACUGCAGCGGUGAGCACCCCAACGAGCUCUCCUUCCACCGCGGAGACCUCAUCUACAUCCUGAGCAAGAAUUAAUCUCACAGAAGCAAACUCGGCAGCGUCGAGGCUGCAGUUUUUAGCGGUGCGGUCGCUCUGUCUGAACAUGAAAUAGUAGCUAAUAUAAAAAUCCAUCUGGUGUGUUUGAAACACAUGCCGGCUGCUGCUCGGGUCCUGUCUGACAUUUCCAGCAGCAACAGCGGGGAAAAGUGAUUUGGGGGUUAGUGGACAUCAGUA